AUGGCGGCCGAGGCACCACCACGCGCCUCCGGGCCGGCACCCGAAGACGAGGAGGUCACGCCGGCUCCGCCCGUGAGCGACCCGGAGAAGCGCGCCCUUGGCGGCGGCGGCGACGACGCGGCGCUCGACGACGGGCACGACAAGGCCCGCCUGCGCAUGAUCGACUUUGCCAAGACGGCCACCGAGAAGGAGCACAAGAUGACCCUGUGGCAGGGCAUCCGGCUGUACCCCAAGGCCAUCGCGUGGAGCGUCCUGAUCAGCACCUGCAUCGUCAUGGAGGGCUAUGACGUCUGCCUGAUCAACAACUUUUAUGCGUUCCCCCAGUUUGCUAGAAAGUAUGGCGAGAAGCUGCCGGGCAAGGACGAUUACGAAGUCACCGCGCCGUGGCAGUCUGGGCUGAGCAAUGGCGCCAACGUUGGUGAACUCAUUGGAUUGCUGCUCAACGGCUGGAUCUCAGAGCGCUUUGGAUACCGGUAUACCGUCAUUGGGUGCCUUGUCCUCAUCAUUGCAUGGACGUCCAUCUUCUUCACUGCACAGAACGUAGUCUCUCUUCUCGUAGCGGAGAUCCUCUGCGGUAUUCCAUGGGGAGUCUUCCAGACCUUGACCAUCACGUACGCGUCAGAGGUCUGCCCCGUAGCCCUGCGUGGAUAUUUGACUUGCUAUGUGAACCUGUGCUGGGGUGUCGGGCAGGAAAUCGGCAUCGGAGUGAUUAUGAGUAUGCUGAACCGAGAUGACGAGUGGGCGUAUCGCAUCCCCUACGCGCUGCAGUGGAUGUGGCCGCCUUUCCUGAUCGUCGGCAUCUACUUCGCCCCCGAGUCCCCCUGGUGGCUGGUGCGCAAGGGCAAGCUGGAGGCUGCCAAGAAGUCUCUGCUUCGCCUCACCAGCUUGAACCGUGAGACCGACUUUGACGCCGACGAGACGAUUGCCAUGAUGGCGCACACUGCUGCUCUCGAGGAGAAGACGACUCGUGGCGCUUCGUACUUGGACUGCUUCAAGGGUCAUGAUCUCCGCAGGACCGAGAUUGUGUGCAUGAUCUGGGCUAUCCAGAACCUGAGUGGGAACUCAUUCUCCAACUACUCCACUUACUUUUUGAAACAAGCCGGGCUUAGCGAGCAUGAUGCUUACGGCUUCGCUCUCGGGCAAUACGCUUUCAACAUUGUCGGCGUGUUUGGUGCUUGGGGCUUGAUGACCUUGGGUAUCGGCAGACGCUCUCUCUAUUUGUAUGGUCUUUGCGGCUUGUUCACGAUGCUGCUCAUCCUCGGCUUCAUGGGCCUUGUGCCCGAGGCCCACAGGACGGAGGGCUCCAUCGCCACGGGCAGUAUCAUGUUGUGCUGGGCCCUGACAUACCAACUGACUGUCGGCACCGUCGCGUACUCCCUCGUGGCGGAGAUGUCGACUCGGCGCCUACAGAUCAAGACGGUGGUGCUCGGCCGUGUGCUCUACAUCAUUGUGGGCAUCAUCUGCAGCGUUCUGACGCCUUAUAUGCUUAACCCCGGACAGUGGAACUGGCGCAACUAUGCCGGCUUCUUUUGGGCGGGUGCGUGCUUCCUGUGCAUCAUCUACACAUUCUUCCGCGUGCCGGAGCCCAUGGGCCGGUCGUUUGCCGAGCUGGACGUGCUGUUCGAGAGGGGAGUCAGCGCACGCAAGUUCUCCAAGACACACGUCGACGUGUUUGAGGCCGAUGUCGACGACCGCGUGAUGAACAUGUACAGCGAGCAGGUCGGCGCGGCGCAGGCCAGCCAACUCAAGGGGCAGCCCUGA